CUCGCGGCUUCACCAGACCGACCAACUACAGGCCAAUACAACAAACAACACAAUACGCCAUGGCUAAGAGAAAGAGACAGGCCACCGCUCAGAGCGAGCCCGCUUCGGAGCUUGUUAUCAGCAAAAAGGCAAAGGCGAAUGGAGCUGCGAAAGCGAAGAAAACCGUGAAGGCGAAGGAACCCGUGAAGGUGCAGGAAGCUGCUCCCGCGACGACGACAACCGGCACCACCGAGACGAUCCAGAUCGUGGUGGGUUCCUACGAUCGAAUUUUGCACGGAUUGACAGCGACCAUUGGCCCCAAGGACAAGACCGAGUUCGCCGACACUUUUCUGUUCAAUGCUCACACUUCGGCGAUUCGUUGCGUUGCUGUGUCGCCGAUCUCACUUCCAGUCCCGGGACAGACACAGAAGGUGAUGCUCGCGUCAGGCAGCACCGACGAGAGAAUCAACGUUUACAACCUGUCGGCGCACCCGCCGAGCCGAAAGAACCAAGAAAUGCUGGCCAGGGUGGCCCCGCGACCGAUUCUCGAGAACCCCAAGAACCGAGAGGUCGGCACGUUGCUGCACCACUCGUCAACAGUGACGGCGCUGCGAUUCCCUACGAGGUCGAAGUUGCUCUCAUCCAGCGAGGACUCAAACAUUUCCGUUACGCGAACCCGCGACUGGUCUCUGCUUAGCAACAUCAAGGCCCCCAUUGCCAAGGCGAUGGGCCGACCGAGCGGCGACACCGCGCCUUUUGGAGGCACUCCCUCCGGUGUCAACGACUUUGCGAUCCACCCCAGCAUGAAGCUGAUGAUUAGCGUCAGCAAGGGAGAGCGAUCAAUGCGGCUGUGGAACCUGGUGACUGGCAAGAAAGCCGGUGUGCUCAACUUUAGCAGGCAAAUGCUCCAGGAAGCCGGAGAGGGCAAACACUCAACGGGCGAAGGCCGACGGGUGGUGUGGGGAGAGGUGGAUGGAUCUGACGAGUUUGCAGUUGGAUUUGAGCGUGAUAUUGUGGUCUUUGGCAUGGACAGCGUCCCCAAGUGCCGGGUGAUGGGAUCGAUUCGGACCAAGAUUCAUCAGUUGUUCUACAUUACGGUGGACGAGGAGUCGGAUUUGACUCUGCUCGCAUUGGCGACGGAGGACGGGCGAAUCCUGUUCUUCUCCACCAAGGAGGAGGAUCUCUUGAAGCCGGAGGAGACGGAAGACAAGGACGACAAGAAGGCUGUGCCGCCGCUGCCUAUUGCCAAGCUGGUUGGCCAAAUCGGCGGCAAGGAGGGCGGCGUGCAAGGUCGAAUCAAGGACUUUGUGGUGACCAAAAGCGCUUUGUCGCCGACGGUGCUAUACGUAACAGGCGGUAGCAGCGACGGACGGGUUCGCCUGUGGCAGGUAACGAGCGCGGAGCUGAUGAAGGGCCAAAGCAAGGCAACCUCAGCCAAGGGAUCGGACAAGGAGGCCAAGGCUGGGAACAUAUUGGGGACGCUGUUGGGGACGUAUGAGACGCAGAACAGGAUCACAUGUAUGACGGCGUUUAUGAUGAUACCCCGGCCGCAUGGCGCUGAGGAUAGCGAGGAUGAGUACUCGGAAGAGGGAGAUGAGGAUGAAGACGAUAGCGAUGACGAGUAGAGAGGGAGAGCAAUUUUCAGCACGGGAAGGAGAGAGGAGAGUGUAUAAAAUGCUAUAAAUAUUGGCGUAUAUACGGACAUGACGAUGUGCAUCAUGAUGUGUUGUUAUUAGAAUAGUACCUACGUAGUACUGGUUGCAUACGGCGAGUUCUGGGCAGGGCCUCACAAGUACCACCACCAAAUUGAAUGAGAGUUACACGGCUCUGGGGUAUUUCUGACCAU